AGCUCCCCUCUAAUCUACCCAGACCAGUGUAAAGGUUUUUGCUUGUAACUCUGGAUGACCCAGGAGUUCGGGCUACGGGCCCCUCCCCUGGCCCGGGCACACCUUGCUUGGGUGGUGGGGGAGGUAGUGUGAGGCAGCUAGGCUAGGAAGAGGCUUGGGUUUGCGCCUGCGCACUACCCACGUGGCCCCCUCCCCGAGUACCUGUCACUGGAACCGCCCGGGCGCGAGCCCGCCACGUUAAGCCGGAUGGCGGGAGGCGCCGAGCAGAGCUGUGGGGAGGGCGGGGGGCGGUGGCAAAGCGCGCGCGUGCGCGGGAACCGCUGGGGGGGAGAACUGGGAGGGCGCGCACCCGUCCGCUCGCUCGCGUUUCGAAGGCGGAGUCCGCGGCGGUGGGCGGGGCAGAGGAGCGCCUGCGCGGGUCACGUGGCGUCCGGGGCGGGGCCGCGGGCGGAGCCGGGCGGCCGGUGAAGGCAGGAGGCGGGGCGUCUCAGAGCGGCCGGGCCGAGGGAGGGCGCAACAGCUGCUCCCUGAACACUUUCUGCCCCAACAGUCCCCUUGAGCCGGACGCGCCGCGCCACGGCGGCUCUAGCGACUCGCCACGGCGGCUCUAGGGACCCCCCGCGCCUGCACUGUCCCCGCGCGGACGAGUAGGGGGCGCCCGCGCCUUUGCCCCCCGUGCGCACCCCCGCCCCGCUCACCUUAGCCCUGCGCCCGAGGGUUUAGAAAUCCCUGGUCGCCAGGUUGCUGGGAUUGACUUCUUGUUCAGUUGAAUCACUCACUGAAUGGAAACAAAGAAAACUAAUGCUUUGUGCUGAUUCAUAUUGGAAUCAAAGCAUUGGGGAGUCUGUAUGCUUUGUUUGCGGAAAGAACCAGUGACACUAUCACUGAGCUUCCUAAAACUUCUGAAGAUAAGAAGUUAGAAGACUACACACUUUGUUUUGAACUUUUAUAAUAAAUAUUUGCUCUAGUUUUGAAGCCCCAGGGCUGCUGGAGGUGUGAGUGACAAGUCUUACAAGUGGCCUUAUUCCAACUCUGGAAAUUCCCCAACAAAACUCUGAGAGUCUUGCUUUUUUAUAAAAUCUAGAGUGGCAGGAACCAUGCCAACCCAGUCCCUCUUAGUGUACCUGGACGGGCCAGAAGUGAUCGGCAGUUCUCUUGGCACGCAGAUGGAGAUAGAUGAUGCCGUGUCCAUGAAAGGGAGCGCUGCUGUUCCUUUCCGAGCUUCGCAGGAGAAGAGCGUCAUCCAGAUAGAGGGCUACAUGCCGCUGGACUGCAUGUUUUGCAGCCAGACCUUCACGCACUCCGAAGACCUGAAUAAGCACGUCUUGAUGCAGCACCGGCCCACCCUGUGUGAGCCGGCAGUUCUGCGGGUCGAAGCAGAGUAUCUUAGUCCACUUGAUAAAAGUCAAGUGCGAACAGAACCUCCAAAAGACAAGAGCGGCAAAGAAAAUGAAGACUUUAGCUGUGAGGUCUGUGGGCAGACAUUCAGAGUGGCUUUUGAUGUUGAGAUCCACAUGAAGAAACACAAGGACUCUUUCACUUACGGGUGCAACAUGUGUGGGAGAAGAUUCAAGGAGCCCUGGUUUCUGAAAAAUCACAUGCGGACACACAAUGGCAAAUCAGGGGCCAGGAACAAACUGCAGCAAGGCCUGGAGAGUCCAGUCACAAUCAACGAGGUGGUGCAGGCACAUGCAGCUGAGAGCGUCUCAUCUCCUUACAAAAUCUGCAUGGUUUGUGGCUUCCUAUUUCCAAAUAAAGAAAGUCUAAUUGAGCACAGCAAGAUGCACACCAAAAAAACUGCUCCCAGCACCAGCAGUCCACAGACAGACUUUCAGCGAGAGGGGAUGCCGGCUCCACGGGAAGAGUUCUUGCAGUUUUUAAACUUAAGGCCAAAAUCUCACCCUGAAACCACGACGAAGCUCGUGAAGUGGAUACCUCAGCUCGAUCCAUUCACCACCUACCAGGCCUGGCAGCUGGCGACCAAAGGCAAGGUCGCUGUUGGCCAGGAGGAAGUGAAGGAGUCGGGGCAAGAAGGGAGCACCGACAAUGAUGACUCGAGUUCAGAGAAAGAACUUGGAGAAAUUUGGAGUGUGCCUAAAAGCCAUUCGGAAGGUUCUGGAAAAUCCAAAACAAACAAAAGCAGCUGUGCAGGCCUCUCGCAAGACAAGGAGAAGUCCCGACACUCCACCAGUGAAGUGCCUUCUGUAGAUGCGGACCCCAAGUUACUCAGUAACAAAGAGAAGCCGACGCAUUGCUCCGAGUGCGGCAAGGCUUUCAGAACCUACCACCAGCUGGUCUUACACUCAAGGGUGCACAAGAAGGACCGGCGGGUGGGCACUGAGUCGCCCACCAUGUCUGUGGACGGGAGGCAGCCGGGGACGUGCUCUCCCGACCUCUCCACCACGCUGGAGGAGAACGGAGCUGCCGAUGGAGGGGAAGGAGGUUCUGAAGAUGGAUCUGAGGAUGGGCUUCCCGAAGGGCUCCAUCUGGAUAAAAAUGAUGAUGGAGGAAAAAUAAAGCAUCUCACAUCCUCAAGAGAGUGUAGUUACUGUGGAAAGUUUUUCCGUUCAAAUUAUUACCUCAAUAUUCAUCUCAGAACCCAUACAGGUGAAAAACCGUACAAAUGUGAAUUUUGUGACUACGCUGCAGCCCAGAAGACGUCUCUGAGGUAUCACUUGGAGAGACACCACAAAGACAAGCAGGCGGACGCCGCUGCCGAAGCCAAGCAGGACGCUAAGAGCCAGGGGGCUGAAGAGGCCCUCGGCGGCUCUGACAGUGCGCAGACCAAAAAUUUGAAAAGAUUUCUUGAUUGUGCCAAAGAAGUCAAAGGCAGUCCACCUGCAAAGCAGCUCAAGGAGGCUCCUGCUGUCUUUCACAGUGUUCUGGGCAGCGCUGUCCUCUCACCAGCACACAAAGAUACUCAGGAUUUCAAUAAAAAUGCAGCUGAUGACAGUGUGGAUAAAGCGAACAAAAAUCCUGCCCCUGCUUUUGUGGACAUGUUCAAAAAGAGAUCUGCAGUCGAACCUCAGGCAAAUAACCUCCUCUGUAAAACAGAAGAGGGUGUCACCCCUCCUCCUGAUGGCAGCACCGCCCACAGCAUCGAUGGCGGCCCCAGAGGGAAGAACGCGGAGAUGGCGGCAGAUUGCAAAUACAAGCAGAGCACAGACUGUCCAGACAAACCUUUGAAUUUAUCCCUCGGGGCACUUCACAACUGCCCAGCAAUUUCUUUGAGUAAAAGUUUAAUCCCAAGUAUCACCUGCCCGUUUUGUACCUUCAAGACAUUUUAUCCAGAAGUUUUGAUGAUGCACCAGAGACUGGAGCAUAAGUACAAUCCUGACGUCCAUAAAAACUGCAGGAAUAAGUCUUUGCUUAGAAGUAGGCGCACUGGGUGCCCACCAGCUUUACUGGGAAAAGAUGUGCCUCCCUUGUCUGUUUUCCCUAAGCCCAAGCCCAAGGCUGCUUUCCCAGCGCAGCCUAAAUCCCUGCCCUCUGAGAAGGUGAGGCAGAGCCCCCCUGGGCCGGGCAAAGCCCCUCUGACUUCAGGGAUAGACUCUAGCACUUUAGCCCCAAGCAACCUGAAGUCACACAGGCCACCGCAGAGCGUUGGGGGCCCAGGGGCCACCGCUGCUAGACAGCAGCAGUCUGAGAUGUUUUCUAAGACUGGUAUUGCACCUGCAGCAGACAAAACAAAAAGACCCGAGACAAAGUUAAAACCUCUCCAGGCAGCCCCUUCUCAGCCCGCACUAGGUAGCGGUAAUGUCAAUGGUUGCAUUGAUUACCCGCCUAAGAACGACAGCGCCUGGGUCCCCCAAGGAAGAGACUAUUUCUGUAGUCGGAACGCCAGCAGCGCUACAGCAGACUUCGGCGAGCCCCUUCCAAAAAGACCGAAGUCCGGUGUAGCUGCCCUUGACGCUGACCAGCCGGGGGCCAAUUACAGGAGAGCCUGUGACCUCCCCAAGUACCACGUUGUCAGAGGCAUCACAUCGCUCUUACCUCAGGAGUGUGUGUGCCCAUCGCCAGUGCUGCCCCCCAAACCGAGGUUCCUGAGCUCCGCUGAGGUUGACUCUCCGAAUGUGCUCACAGUCCAGAAGGCCUACGGUGGCUCUGGGCCGUUGUACACCUGCGGGCCGGCGGGGAGCCCAGCUUCCUGCUCAGCGCUAGAAGGAAAAAGACCUGUGUCGUAUCAACACUUGUCUAGCACCAUGCUGCAGAAGAGAAACUACGAGAAUUAUAUUGGGAAUGCACAUUAUCGACCAAAUGACAAAAAAACUUGAUUUUUCUUAUUUUUAGGGAAAAAAGGUCUUGAUGGAUGUGUGUACUCUCCAUGAAAUUAAAUUUAGUUCAUCCUUUGAGAAGGCGAAUGGUGAAAGCUACUGAAAUAAGCUGUGAUUGUACUGUGCAUAGAACAUACAAGAACAGAUAAGGAACACUACGGUUUUGUAAAGUUGUUCUGUUAACUUUUGUACCAAAUAGCAAUAAAACUAGUUGUUGGGCUAUUUACACGGGGGGGACUGGGAAUCUCUAUUUUGUCCCUGAAUAAUAUUUUUUUUAGAAUUGACCAAAUAAGAAGUGGAAUCUUUGCAUACUUGAGCGCUGCUGAAAAGAAAUCAUUUGGGUUGGGGCGGGGCCUGGUGGGGGGGGAAAGUAUAUAAUGCUUGCACCUCAGGUAAAAAAAAUCUGUAAAUAUUUAAGUUGUAAACCUGUGUGGUUAGAUACUCUGUGUAACCUUUUCUCUGAUGUAGCUCAUCCCUUUGAGCAAUUUUUCUUCUGCUAUUUGUGCUCUUUCGUUUAAUAUAUGUAUGUUUUUAAAAACAUUCUCCAUGAUUUUUGUAUUAUGUUGAAUCCUCUCAAAUCUGUUGUUGUCUUAACAAAAUUGUUAACAGAAGUACGACCCUCUAUGGACAUGUGCUGCGGAUGUUGAGACCAGCCGCUCUGGAUUUGGCCCCCUUUUAUUGCAAAUUUCGGCAUGGCAACGGAGGAGGACGCGCCCCUUCCUGGAGCAUCCCCCCCCCCACCCCCACAGCCCUUUCCUGAGGGCCUGGGUGGUUUGUGGGGUUUUCAGUGUCUACAGAGACGCAUUUCCUCUGUAGAGCAGCCAGGUUAUCACGUGAACAGUGCAAACUGCAUGUGGAGUUACUUCAAUUUGUUUUCUAUCAAAUUAAUCAUUUCUGUUGGAAAAUUCAGGGUUUUUUGAGUGUUCGCCUAAAAUAGUAUAUUCAAAACAUAAAUGUUAAAUUAUAUAUGUGAAUUGGAAAUGUUGGGAAACAAUUUUAAAGGAAAGGAAAGUCCUUUUGGAAAAUUUUAGGUUCGUAUUUGGUAGUCUUGACGUGUCUGGCCUUGGGUUGACCGUGGAUAUAUUAAAAUUAAUUACAGACACAUGGAUUCUGACUAAGAAAACUGCUGGCUGAGCCUCCUGGGAGUCGGGGAAGAGAGAAUCUGUUCCCAGGGCUCCUUUGUCUUCCCAUUUUGGGUUGUUUUGAAGCACCGAUGUUUUUCUCAGCGCACAUGCAGUUUGGGUUUUAGAAAGGAUAGCCACUAGCUGGCUUACUAGAUAUUUUAAACUUUUGUUCCUUUAAUGCGCUGUCCAUGGCUGAGUUUAUUCAGCACUAUGUGGCGUUAGCAGCCACAAAAUAUUUUAUUAAGAAACCUUCAAAAAUAAAUUUGCACUGUUAAUUUUUCUGACCCUGCUCUUCUCCACAGAGCACGGAUAAAGUCCUAAAAGAGCCCUGAUUCUUUCUUUUUCAUUAUGCAACAUGAGGUGUCCUUGAUAGAAAGAAGUCUUAACUCCUGUGUUCCAGGGAGACCCAGCUGAGGUCCGUCUGCUGGCAUCGCCAUGAAGGGCUUUCUAUCAGGAAAGUGUACACUAGUGACCUUUUUUCCUGUUCACAAGCUGAGCCAUAUGUACAUAAUCUAGAUUUUGUUUUCAUAGUUUUGCACUUUUAUAGCCUAUUUUGAAGAUUAACACAUUUUGCAAGAUGAUUGAUUCAGUCUUUGCCUAAUCCAAUGAGUGUUACAGAAAGCUUGCUGUGACUAUAAACAUAAAUCUUAAAAUGGGGGUAUGUGAUAACAGAGGGCUGAAAUUAAACCUGUAUUAAAAAAUAAAAUCACCAAAUCUGUUUGAAAACAAGUCAGUUCGUGUUAUGCUGAAAUGUUUUGGGCUUUCAGAUUUCUCCUUUUCAACCACAUUUCUGAAUGCAUAAAAAUACCAAUUUUUUUUUUUCCACAGCCCUUUGUACUUCAAAGUAUGUUUUUUGUCCAUCAGUAUUAACUAUUGGUAUACUACUGGUUUUGUAUGUUUUUUUUCUUUGAGACAACAGUACAUAUAAUAGAGGUACAAUUCGUUGGAUUUUUGUUAACGUAUUUAUUUCAUUCCAGUUUGAUUUAUUUUAAUGGUUGAUAAGUUGUCAAACAGUAGACAUUACUUGUUUUAUUUAUGAUAUAUUUCAGCUUAAAGUUAUGUUAUUAUAUAUGGAUGUAAAUAAAGAUUUGGUGUUUUGCA